GGGUCAGGGGGCCCUUGCCCACUCACCUAGCCUUCCCCAGCCCUGUCUGAAGGGCUCCCUUGAGAACUAGGACAAGAGACUACAAGGAGUAUGUCCUGAGGAGGGGUUGGGAUGGUGUGUUUUCUCUCACCUCCCUUUUAUGAGGGUCCUCUUGUCCAUUUUCAAGCCUCACAGUGGGAGCUUGCAGAGGAGUGCAGACUGAAGCCAGCAGAGAGGAAGGACUGACUGAGGGGCUGUGUCCUCUUAUGGGAAUUUGGGAACAUCCCUCGUCUUGUCCUCUCUUCUGCACAGCACAGGUUCCAGCACUGGUUUUGGAAGAAAAAAAUACCCUGCCCAGAGGGAAAGCCAGGAAAGAUUGGGAAAUGGGUGGUCAGGAGAGAAGGCCUGAUAGGAGCCUUCAGACAAUUUGGGUCCUAGUUGGUUGGGUUGGACAAUACAGGAAUUGCUUCUGGGCCCUGGGAAGGCUGGGACCAUAGUGCUCCAGCCCAAAGACUAGGGGAGCAUUCAUUACCCUAGUUUGACCUGAAAAUCCAUAGGGCAGGGCCCACUACUUUCCAAAGAAAUAAAAGAACAAUUAUUUUUAACAAAUGGAGGCAGUGAAAACUUGCUUAGCUAUUCUGUGUGGAAGAUGGGAGCAGUAAAUAGAUCUCAUGCCAAAAUGGGAUAAAGACCCCAGCCUCCCAUAGCUUUGGUAAGAUGGAUAGAAGCCAGUGAAGAAGGGUAGGGACCCAGAACAAGACCAAAUGGGGCUUUGGGGAAGGCACUUUAUGGGGUAAAAGCUUUGGAGCCACCUAGUCUAGUUUAAAAAUAGUUCCAUCUGUUUCUGGUCUCUGUAUGUAUGUGCUAUUCCCAGGUUGCCUUAGUAACCAGGGCUCCUAGGGUCAUUUAGCAGGGCAGGCAGUAAGGAGAGUGUAUUUGCUGAAAUGGGGAUGGGAUGUUACAUAGUUGACAGAUCCUUAUUCAAACAGAGCAGGACAGGUGGAGUCGAUGGCCAUUGAGUUGAUGGCAGUUGCCGCUCAGUUGAUGGCAGUUAAUGUCCCUCCUACCCCACCCCUUCAGUGGCCAGUUCCUGAAGCCUUCAAGGCUUGGGAGGUCUGGGAAAAGAGAGUCCUUCUAGGGACACAAGCCUCAGGGUCCAUCGCUUUCCUCUGUCUCCACAUAGGACCAGAAGUUUUAAAUUUACUUAAGUCAGUAAGGCCAGGGGCCCCAAUAGUCAAACCUCAGUUCCUCCUCAGCUCAUGGCUGAUGUAGGGAAAACAACUCAGGUGUCUAGUCUAAUGGGACAGUAGAUUUGGGGGUAGAGAGUGAUCCUGGAUUGUGUUCCCCCUCAUCAUGUCUCCUGCUACCUCUUGCUUUCUUGUCUGGUUGAUCACUCAGGUCACAUCUGGGAUUGGAGAUGGUUGGCUAGGUCAAGGCCAGUCAUUAAAAAAAAAAGCCUAAAGACUAACAGUGGGCUAACAUUGUGGAUUUUAGAAACAACACAUUGAUAAGCUUAAUGUUUUUUGGGACACAAUUUUUUUUUUUUUUUUUUUUUUUUUUGAGAUGGAGUCUUGCUCAGUCACCAGACCGGAGUGCAGUGGCGCAAUCUCGGUUCACUGUAACCUGCGCCUCCUGGGUUCAAGCGAUUCUCUUGCGUCAGCCUCCCGAGUAGCUGGGACUACAGGCGCCCGCCACCACGCCCGGCUAAUUUUUUUAUUUUUAGUAGAGACGGGGUUUCAUCGUGUUGGCCAGAAUGGUCUCUAUCUCUCGUGAUCCGCCCGCCUCAGCCUCCCAAAGUGCUGGGAUUACAGGCGUGAACCACCGUGCCCGGCAAUUCUAGACUAUUAAAAGAGAUGGUUUAAGAGCAUUUAGAGAAGAAUGUCACCAUAGAUACCAACAUGAAUUCUCAGUCAAAUCCUGACUGACUUUAUUUCCUCCUUGCCAGGUUAUCUCCAAAGAGGUAGAUUUGGGAAAUUUUAGACAUUGUAUGUCUUGUAUGUAUUUACUCCAGCUGAAGACCACCAAGAAUACACCUGGUAAUUGAGCAAGUUGGGUUUAAUGCUCAUUGCAGUGAGGGGGAGGGCUCACCAUUGGGGAUAACGUGGUGUGUCUCAGCAUGAGGGUGUUAGGAAUGACUUAGAGAACUUAGACUUUGGUUAAGUGAUUUUGGGGAAGAUUCAAGAAAGUGGGUGUUCUUUUGGAUUGGGCGCUGUUAAGGGAAUCCAGGAUAAUUGGGUAGCUUGUCUAGAAGAAGGGCAGACAAGUGAACCUAAGCACAGUCGAUGAUGAAGUCACUCACUAGCUGGGAAGGGGGAUGUUUGCUGUUUUGUGGUUUGCACACUGACCUUGUUUUGUGCUUAAACAAAAUUGUGUAGUGAUUUUGUUUUUUGUCUCACUUCAUCGCAGUCACUGAGUGACCUUGUCUGAUGCUGGUGUUUUGUGAGAUUGUUUGUGUCCAAGAGAACUCAUUGGCUACCUGUGAGCACCAGGUCAGCCCUAACAGCUCUGAAGCCUGGCUGUGUCAGGCCAGUUCCCAGAUUACAGGAGCUACUUUGCUCUCUCUCACCUGCUAAGUCAUCACAGAUAAGAGGAAAAUUACGGGUCAGUUAAUAGUAGCAUUUUUUCCAUGCAAAUGGCUCUGGUUAAAAAAUAAUGAGAAAAAAAUAGUAGCAUUUGGUAGAAUCAAACUGAACACUUGUACUUAGUGUUGGUUAGUGCAUUUAUGUUAGAGAAAUCUCUGUUCUCUAGUGAUAAGCCCAAGGGCUAUGUUUUAUUGUAAAAAGAAAAAACCCAACUCAGGUAAACAUAUAAAAAACCCAUUUAUCAACAGUAACACAGGAAGAGCUAAAUAAUAUUCAAAGUGUCUGUAACUUUAAUUGACUAAAACACUGGAGCACUCUCACACUAAAAAAUUGCUUAGAUCUUGAACUAGUUUGAGGAACAAUGUUAGAGAUUUAUAUUAGCAAUAAUUCACAUGAGAACAAACUGGGACUUCCAGUUGGCUACAAAAAAACAGAAUCUUAGCCCUCAAGAUGUCCAUUUAUAAAUAUUUAUUAAGAGCCUGCUAUGUUCUAGGCAUCUUUCUAGGAGCUCCAUAAGGGUAGUAGAACCUUGGUAAUAGAUUACAAAUACAGCAGUUCUAUGUUCUGCCUAAAUGUAACCACUUAGUAGUGUGUUGUUCUAAAUGUAAUUUUUAAAGAGGGCCAUUGACAAACCAAUGUGUUGCUAGAAAAAAGAAAAGGCUGGCAAGAGAAAGCUUCAAAUAGAAGUCUUCAAAUAUUUGAAGGGCUGCCCAGUGGAGGAAGAUCCUGUUUGCUACACAGGAAGUAAAAAGGGAUUUCUAGAAUAAUGGCUAACUUUUUUUUUUUUUUUUGAGACGGAGUCUAGCUGUGUGGCCCAGGCUUCAGUGCAGUGGCACGAUCUCUGCUCACUGCAAGCUCUGCCUCCAGGGUUUACGCCAUUCUCCUGCCUCAGCCUCCAGAGUAGCUGGGACUAUAGGUGCCCAGCUAAUUUUCUUUUUGUAUUUUUAGUAGAGACGGGGUUUCACCGUGUUAGCCAGGACGGUCUCGAUAUCCUGACCUCGUGAUCCGCCCACCUCGGCCUCCCAAAGUGCUGGGAUUACAGGCGUGAGCCACCGCACCUGGCCGGCUAGCAUUUGUUGACUGCUUAAUAUAAGCCAGGGCUCUGUGCUAGGCACUUUACAUGCAACAUCUCAUUGACACAAUGGGUACUAUUAUUGUACCCAUUUUACAGAGGAGAAAGCAGGCUUAAAAAGUAACCUGCCCAGGGUUCUGCAAGUAAGGAAUGGGGCCAGGAAUCUAUUCAGGCAGUCUCACUCCAGACGACAUAAGAAAGUUCUAAUGAUAUAGCCAUCCAACAAAGCGAUCACUACUUGGCAGUAAUUUUUUAUUAUUUUAUUUUUUAUUUUUUAUUUUUAUUUUUGAGACGGAGUAUCACUCUGUUGCCCAGGCUGGAGUGUAGUGGCGUGAUCUCGGCCCACUGCAGCCUUCGCCUCUCGGGUUCAAGUGAUUCUCCUGCCUCAGCCUCCCAAGUAGAGUAACUGGGAUUACAGGCACAUGCCACCGUGCUCGGCUAAUUUUUGUAUUUUUAGUAGAGACGGGGUUUCGCCAUGUUGGCCAGGUUGGUCUUGAACUCCUGACCUCAGGUGAUCCACCUGCCUCGGCCUCCCAAAGUGCUGGGAUUACAGGCGUGAGCCACCGCGACCGGCUUGGCAGUAACUUUUGAGGAAUAAAGAAUACAGAAGGAGUUUCCUCAAAUCUUGUUGCCCUUCCCAUCUUUGUGAGCUGAGAUCAGAGUACUGUAUCUCACCCUCUGCCUCUUGGAGGUGAUUAUGGUUUACAUAUAAAUGCAGAUUGCAAGUCCAGGAAGUUUACUCUCUCUCCUCCUGUAGGCCUCAUCCUGUAAGACACUUCCUCUAACAAAUGGCCAUCCCUUCCUGUUGUCCACUUACUGCUUAUCACCACCAGGUGGCACCUGGGCAGCAGAAUUGUCAGUGGGCGGGGACCCACCCUGUUUACUUGUGUUGGUAACUGCAUUGCAGCUGCUGAUCCUGUGGCUCCUGGGCCCCAGCUGGGACAAGAACUUCCUGAGGAUGACGUUUUAUCCCCUAUAUAAUUUCUGAUGAUCUGGAUGAGGUGAGGAAGGGAGAAGUUUGGAAAAGAACCUCCAUAGGUCACCCUCUCCAUUCCCCCAUUCUCAGGAACCUCCUCGCCUACUCCAGUGCUUGGCAAAUUUCAGUUUAUAGAGAGGUUUCUCUCUAAGGUUCAUCCAUGUUCCUUCUGUAGUUCUGCUUUAUCAGUUGGUGAGCAGAUCACUCAUAAUUCCUCCAAUUUCCUUGUUUCCCUUUUCUACCUGCUUACCUCUGGGAAUAUGGAGGAUAUAGGAGACAGAAUAUUGUUUCUUAAAUAGUUCUGCAAACUGAAUGAAGCAGUCAAGAUACUGCUAGCCCUAGGGAAGUAGAGAAAAGGAAGUAAAAAAAUUUAAGUGAUAGAGGCUGAGCAGGGACAGGUUUUAAGCAGCUUUGGUAAACACAGGCUGAUGAAAUCUAUGCCCUGCAGAACCAGAUAAAAUUUAUCAGGGGCAGGCCUCAUCCUGUAAGACACUUGCUCUAAGAAAUGGCUAGUUUCUCCCCAGUGAUCAACCCCAGUUCUUCUGCUGCAUCUGACAGAUUUACAUAAUAUGCCCCAUAUAUACUGCAUUAAAAGGUAAUCAUCUUAUGACCAACACUUCCCUCAUCAACUUCCAAUUAGUCUAGUUCCUAGAUCCUAAGACAACACUCCACCUCUAAGGCCAGUUAACUAGUAACAAUAGUCAUCGGUGUACCCUGCACUUUUUCCUUCCUAAACCUACACCGUACACUGUGGGACUGCAUUAGUUCUGCACCUGACUGUAUGGCAAACCUUCCUUCUAACUCAGGCAAAUGUGAAAAGGAAUUGUCUUUCCCUUACUCUUGAUCCCUCAUUUUAGUGUCCUAGAAGUUCUUCAGGGUCAGAAAAUUAUUGGAAAAUGUAAUAAUUUGCGCUGCCUCCCUCCCUUUUGGAGCCAACUAGUCUUACAUCCAUCCUCUAAGAUAGAGAUGACUUACUAACUCUUGGAAAUUUCCAAAAAGAAAUAAAGCCUCACUUUCUAUUCACUCUGCUUUUUUUCCCCCUUUCCCUGAAGGCUGGAUUAUCUCAACUCUGUAAUUCUCUGACUCUCCAGUUUUCUCCAGGGUCAGUCGUUACACCACACAAAGAAGGUAGGGGAUUAGGGACGGGAUAGACAGGGUUAGUUUUCAAACACUUUCAUUCCAAAUACGAUCGUAUCCUUUCCUUUUGUAAGGGCAGGCAGGAAAAAGUUGAAGGAUAAGGAAUGUGCUUAGAGUAUGAAAACUAGGGAAAGUCGGCAAAAGAACAUAUAUAUAUAUCCCAGACCAAAUCCUGCCAAACCGAAUGAGUAGAGGGAAAUCCUGAAGCUCCACAGCCCCUCAACUUCGCAACUUGGGCUUUCUCCAAAACCAAGAAAUUGGCGGUGCGGCUCUGCAUGACGUCAUACCACAGGCACUCCAAUCCCACGUGGGGGAGCUCUUGGUCCCGCCUCUCCUGAAAUGGUGCGCCACGCCUCCUCCUCUUUAUUACCAAUCGAAUGCCGCCCUUGAGCCCCUUUCUUCCUUUUCCCGCCAUCUCAGACCUCCCAUCUUGGCCUUCGGGCCCAAUCAGGGAGGCCCUACCUAUCCGAAACCCGGUCCGUUCCCCGCGGAAGAGGGGUGGAGUUUCAACCUUUUAACUCCACCUUGGUCUGUGCAGCGCGGACCAACCCAAAUCGCCAGAAAGGAGGGGCGUGGCUUGAAGUCCCCUCCUCCAUCCCGGGGAUCACGUUUUGCCUGGGGGAGCUGAUCGCAAGACUAGGCAACCUCCAGCCAGUCCCUGGGUCGGGCGGAUCCUCCCAGAGGUGGCACAAUGGAGCGAUCUCCAGGAGAGGGCCCCAGCCCCAGCCCCAUGGACCAGCCCUCUGCUCCCUCCGACCCCACUGACCAGUCCCCCGCUGCUCACGCAAAGCCAGACCCAGGUUCUGGGGGCCAACCUGCUGGCCCUGGCGCGGCGGGUGAGGCCCUGGCAGUGCUGACUUCAUUCGGGAGGCGGUUGCUGGUGCUGAUACCUGUGUAUUUGGCCGGGGCAGUGGGACUCAGCGUGGGUUUCGUGCUCUUCGGCCUCGCCCUCUACCUGGGCUGGCGCCGGGUCCGCGACGAGAAAGAACGGAGCCUUCGAGCAGCGAGGCAGCUACUGGACGACGAGGAGCAGCUCACGGCGAAAACUCUCUAUAUGAGUCAUCGAGAGCUACCUGCCUGGGUCAGCUUCCCAGACGUGGAAAAGGCUGAAUGGCUCAAUAAGAUUGUGGCCCAGGUCUGGCCCUUCCUGGGCCAGUAUAUGGAGAAGCUUCUGGCUGAAACUGUGGCUCCGGCUGUUAGGGGAUCUAACCCCCAUCUGCAAACAUUUACAUUUACACGAGUGGAACUGGGUGAAAAGCCAUUGCGCAUCAUUGGAGUCAAGGUUCACCCAGGUCAGAGAAAAGAGCAGAUCCUGCUGGACUUGAACAUCAGCUAUGUAGGUGAUGUGCAGAUUGAUGUGGAAGUGAAGAAAUAUUUUUGCAAAGCAGGAGUCAAGGGCAUGCAGCUACAUGGCGUUUUGCGGGUGAUACUGGAGCCACUCAUUGGGGACCUUCCCUUCGUGGGGGCUGUGUCAAUGUUCUUCAUCCGACGCCCGACCCUAGACAUCAACUGGACAGGGAUGACCAACCUGCUGGAUAUCCCAGGACUUAGCUCACUCUCUGACACCAUGAUCAUGGACUCCAUUGCUGCCUUCCUCGUGUUGCCCAACCGAUUACUGGUGCCCCUUGUGCCUGACCUUCAAGAUGUGGCUCAGUUGCGUUCCCCUCUGCCCAGGGGCAUUAUUCGAAUUCACCUGCUGACUGCUCAAGGGCUGAGUUCCAAGGACAAAUAUGUGAAGGGCCUGAUUGAGGGCAAGUCAGACCCAUAUGCACUUGUGCGUUUGGGUACCCAGACAUUCUGCAGUCGUGUCAUUGAUGAAGAACUCAACCCACAGUGGGGAGAGACUUAUGAGGUGAUGGUACAUGAGGUCCCAGGGCAGGAGAUUGAAGUGGAGGUGUUCGACAAGGAUCCAGAUAAAGAUGACUUUCUGGGCAGAAUGAAGCUGGAUGUAGGGAAGGUGUUACAGGCUAGCGUUCUGGAUGAUUGGUUCCCUCUACAAGGUGGGCAAGGCCAAGUUCACUUGAGGCUAGAAUGGCUGUCACUUUUGUCAGAUGCAGAGAAACUGGAGCAGGUUCUACAGUGGAAUCGGGGAGUCUCCUCUCGACCAGAGCCCCCGUCAGCUGCCAUCUUAGUUGUCUACCUGGAUCGGGCCCAGGAUCUUCCUCUGAAGAAGGGGAACAAGGAACCCAACCCUAUGGUACAACUGUCAAUUCAGGAUGUGACUCAGGAGAGCAAGGCUGUCUACAGUACCAACUGCCCAGUGUGGGAGGAAGCGUUCCGGUUCUUCCUACAAGACCCUCAAAGCCAGGAGCUCGAUGUGCAAGUGAAGGAUGAUUCCAGGGCCCUGACUUUAGGAGCACUGACGCUGCCUCUGGCCCGCCUGCUGACUGCCCCAGAACUCAUCCUGGACCAGUGGUUCCAGCUCAGCAGCUCUGGCCCAAACUCCAGACUCUAUAUGAAACUAGUCAUGAGGAUCCUGUACUUGGAUUCAUCAGAAAUAUGCUUCCCCACUGUGCCUGGUUGUCCUGGUGCUUGGGACAUGGACAGUGAGAAUCCCCAGAGAGGCAGCAGUGUGGAUGCCCCACCUCGACCCUGUCACACGACUCCUGAUAGCCAGUUUGGGACCGAGCACGUGCUUCGGAUCCAUGUAUUAGAAGCCCAGGACCUGAUUGCCAAAGACCGUUUCUUGGGGGGACUGGUGAAGGGCAAGUCAGACCCCUAUGUCAAACUAAAGCUGGCAGGACAAAGCUUCCGGAGCCAUGUUGUUCGGGAAGAUCUCAAUCCCCGCUGGAAUGAGGUUUUUGAGGUGAUUGUCACAUCAGUUCCAGGCCAAGAGCUAGAGGUUGAAGUCUUUGACAAGGACUUGGACAAGGAUGAUUUUCUGGGCAGGUGUAAAGUGCGUCUCACCACAGUCUUAAACAGUGGCUUCCUUGAUGAGUGGCUGACCCUGGAGGAUGUCCCAUCUGGCCGCCUGCACUUGCGCCUGGAGCGUCUCACCCCCCGUCCCACUGCUGCUGAGUUAGAGGAGGUGCUGCAGGUGAAUAGUUUGAUCCAGACUCAGAAGAGUGCGGAGCUGGCCGCGGCCCUGCUAUCCAUCUAUAUGGAACGGGCAGAGGACCUCUCGCUGCGAAAAGGCACCAAGCACCCCAGCCCUUAUGCUACUCUCACUGUGGGAGAUAGUUCUCAUAAAACCAAGACUAUUUCGCAAACUUCAGCCCCUGUCUGGGAUGAGAGUGCCUCCUUUCUCAUCAGGAAACCACACACUGAGAGCCUAGAGUUGCAGGUUCGGGGUGAGGGCACUGGCGUGCUGGGCUCAUUAUCCCUGCCCCUCUCAGAGCUCCUUGUGGCUGACCAGCUCUGCUUGGACCGCUGGUUUACACUCAGCAGUGGUCAGGGGCAGGUGCUACUGAGAGCACAGCUAGGGAUCCUGGUGUCCCAGCACUCGGGAGUGGAAGCUCAUAGCCAUAGCUACAGCCACAGCUCCUCAUCGCUGAGUGAAGAACCAGAGCUCUCGGGGGGACUCCCUCACAUCACCUCCUCAGCCCCAGAGCUCCGGCAGCGCCUAACACAUGUUGACAGUCCCCUUGAGGCUCCAGCCGGGCCUCUGGGCCAGGUGAAACUGACUCUGUGGUACUACAGUGAAGAACGAAAGCUGGUCAGCAUUGUUCAUGGUUGCCGGUCCCUUCGACAGAAUGGACGCGAUCCUCCUGAUCCCUAUGUGUCACUGUUGCUACUGCCAGACAAGAACCGAGGCACCAAGAGGAGGACCUCACAGAAGAAGAGGACCCUGAGUCCUGAAUUUAAUGAACGGUUUGAGUGGGAACUCCCCCUGGAUGAGGCCCAGAGACGAAAGCUGGAUGUCUCUGUCAAGUCUAAUUCCUCCUUCAUGUCAAGAGAGCGUGAGCUGCUGGGGAAGGUGCAGCUGGACCUAGCUGAGACAGACCUUUCCCAGGGUGUAGCCCGGUGGUAUGACCUGAUGGACGACAAGGACAAGGGCAGCUCCUAGGAGCUGGCGAGUCCCAGCCUGACUGCUCUGUCUUCCUGCCUUUGUCUCGCUCCAUCACCGCCUCAAUGUGAUGAGCCUAAAGCUAGGGUCCAAGGGCAGAGCCUGUGCCCUUCAGCCCUUUCACCUAAUAGGCCCAUAUUCGGGCCUUUGCCUGACCAAAGAGAAGAACCGUAUGUUCCCUUUACUGCACGGCCUUUAUCCUUCUGGGCCCCUGGGGCGGGGACCUGAGCUGGCUGUUUCCUGCUUUGCCUGCACAUUGUUCUCCCUUCCUCCCAACUCCUCAGGGCCUUCUGUAUCUGUGCCUGGCCACUGGCAGCACUAGCAGUGGUAUUAGCUUAUGCCAAAUACAGCUUUGGAAGGAUCUUUUUUUCUUUAACUAGAUGGUCACCUUCUUCCCUACCACACAUGGGUGGGAAGGUGGACAGGCUAACCUCUCCAGCUGUGAGCCUCUUAGACUACUGCAUGUAGCAAAUGUUCAGCAGCUCAGGCCCCCAUGUCCAGUUCUGUCCCCACUUUCCUCAACCCUGUCCUGAAAAUUCUACUGCUCUGAUGGCUGGGGCCAGUCUCUUGUCACUUUGGAAACUGAGGACACUUGGAUUCUACUCAAGCCUCCAAGUAGUGGCAUAUCAGUCGUGGAGCUCCUAGCUGGUGAUACGGAGAGGGCUUUGGAGGACUUGGGACAGCAGGGCCAAUUUUUUUGCCCAAGUGCCUAGGCUGCUAACUCACUGACUAGAACUUAAUCUGGUACUUUUCAGUUUUGCACCAACUCUGCCAAGCCACUGUAUCUUACAUUAAACAUCAUACUCAAACCA